GGCCGAAUGGCGGCUUCUAUUUUUGAGAGGCUCGAGGUUUGGGCGAUCAGCACGGCAGUGGUUCCCUAAGGUAGCCAUUUCUGACUUCCCAAAGGCUGCUAUGGCGUUCCCUCACCUGCAACAGCCCAGCUUCCUCCUGGCUAGCCUGAAAGCUGACUCUAUAAAUAAGCCCUUUGCUCAGCGUUGCCAAGACUUGGUGAAAGUCAUUGAGGAUUUUCCAGCCAAGGAAUUGCAUGCCAUCUUCCCAUGGCUGGUGGAGAGCAUCUUUGGCAGCCUGGAUGGUGUCCUUGUUGGUUGGAAUCUCCGAUGCCUCCAGGGGCGUGUGAGCCCUGUGGAGUACAGCAUAGCAAUGGAAUUUCUAGACCCAAGUGGCCCCAUGAUGAAGUUGGUUUACAAGCUUCAAGCUGAAGACUAUAGCUUUGACUUCCCUGUCUCCUGCCUUCCUGGCCCUGUGAAGGCAUCCAUCCAGGAGAAUGUCCUCCCCGACAGCCCUCUGUACCACAACAAGAUCCAGGUUCCUCCUACCGGAGGCCUAGGCCUGAACCUAGCCCUCAACCCAUUUGAAUACUACAUGUUCUUCUUUGCUUUGAGCCUCAUCUCUCAGAAGCCCGUGCCUAUGUCCCUCCAUGUCCGAACUUCAGACUGUGCCUAUUUCAUCCUGGUGGACAGAUACCUGUCAUGGUUCCUGCCCACCGAAGGCAGUGUGCCUCCACCACUUGCUUCCAGUCCAGGGGGCUCCAGCCCCUCACCAGCCCCCAGGACUCCAGCCAUGCCUUUUGCUUCCUAUGGUCUCCACACUAGCCUCUUAAAGCGACAUAUCUCUCAUCAGACAUCUGUGAAUGCAGAUCCUGCGUCCCAUGAGAUCUGGCGGUCAGAAACUCUACUCCAGGUUUUUGUUGAAAUGUGGCUUCAUCAUUAUUCCCUGGAGAUGUACCAAAAAAUGCAGUCCCCUCAUGCCAAGUUGGAGGUUCUACACUACCGACUCAAUGUCUCCAGCGCCCUCCACAGCCCUGCCCAACCCAGCCUCCAGGCCCUCCACGCCUAUCAAGAGUCCUUCACACCCACUGAGGAACACGUGCUGGUGGUCCGCCUGCUGCUGAAGCACCUACACGCCUUUGCCAACAGCCUGAAGGCAGACCAGGCCUCACCAUCAACACACUCCCAUGCCACCAGCCCCCUGGAGGAGUUCAAGCGGGCUGCUGUGCCGCGGUUUGUCCAGCAGAAGCUGUAUGUCUUCCUGCAGCACUGUUUUGGUCACUGGCCCCUGGAUGCCUCCUUCAGAGCUGUCCUGGAGAUGUGGCUGAGCUACCUACAGCCAUGGAGGUAUGCCCCUGAGAAGCAGGUGCAGAGCAGUGAUUCCCAGCCACGGUGUGUCUCGGAGAAAUGGGCACCCUUCAUCCAGGAAAACCUGCUGAUGUACACCAAGCUGUUUGUGAGCUUCCUGAAUCGUGCGCUCCGCACAGACCUGGUCAGCCCCAAGAAUGCCCUCAUGGUUUUCCGAGUGGCUAAGGUCUUUGCUCAACCCAACCUGACCGAGAUGAUCCAGAAAGGAGAGCAGCUGUUCCUGGAGCCAGAGCUCAUCAUUCCCCACCGCCAACAUCGGCUUUUCACGGUCACCAGCAGCUUCCUGUCACCAUGGCCCCCAGUUGUGACAGAUGCCUCAUUCAAGGUGAAGAGCCACGUCUACAGCCUGGAGGGUCAGGACUACAAAUACACCCCAAUGUUUGGUCCUGGAGUCCGGACCCUGGUCUUGCGCCUUGCUCAGCUCAUCACACAGGCCAAACAGACUGCUAAGUCCAUCUCUGAUCAGUGUGCGGAGAGUCCAGCUAGCCGUUCCUUCCUGUCAUGGCUGGGCUUUGGUGCCACAGACCCAAACAGCUGCUACCCAGGCAAUGACCUGGAUGAGAUGGGUCAGGACAGUGUCCGCAAGACAGAUGAGUACCUGGAGAAGGCCCUGGAGUACCUGCGCCAGAUAUUCCGACUAAGUGAAGCCCAGCUGGCCCAACUCACACUUGCCCUGGGGAACACACGGGAUGAGAAUGGGAAGCAGCAGCUACCAGAUUGCAUUGUGGGGGAAGAAGGACUCAUCCUUACACCCCUGGGCCGCUACCAGAUCAUUAACGGUCUGCGAAGGUUUGAAAUUGAGUAUCAGGGGGACUUAGAGCUGCAGCCCAUCCGGAGCUAUGAAAUCACCAGUCUGGUCCGAGCACUCUUCCGACUGUCCUCUGCAAUCAACCGCAGAUUUGCAGGCCAGAUGGCAGCUCUGUGCUCCCGGAAUGACUUCCUCGGCAGCUUCUGUCGCUAUCACCUCACUGAGCCAGCCCUGAGCAACAGACACUUGCUGAGCCCUGUGGGGCGGAGGCAGGCAACCAGUCCUGCCCGGGGCCCCAGGCUCAGCCUGCGUUUCCUGGGCAGUUACAGGACGCUGCUCCUGCUCCUGCUGGCUUUCUUUGUGUCUUCUCUGUUCUGCAUUGGGCCCCUGCCCUGCUCCUUGCUUCUGGUCCUAGGCUACCUCCUUUAUGCCAUAGCUAUGACACUGCUCACCGAGCGGGGGAAGCUGCAUCAGCUCUGACCUGCUGGCCACCUCUCCUGAGCAGACUUGUGGGAAUUGAUACAUGACCCAUUCCUGGGCUUGAGAGGCCCUGGCAGGUUGCUUUGAAGCUAGGAAUAAAGGUAGGUCACCUGAGAGCUCUUGGUCACCCUGCAAAGAUGGAGUCAUUCAGAAGCUAACGUAGGAAAGGAGACUGGUCCGGUUGGGCCUGUAAGAAUGAAGUCAGAAGGUCCAGGAGCCAUUCCAAGGACGACGAGCACUGCGCAUGGGUCCCACAAGCGGCUGAGCUAGUGACCUAGGCCUUGGUAACCAUUGUACUGUUGUGCUAUGCAGAGCUCAGGAACUGUUGUGCCCACAGUAGGCUCUAGGCCUGGGCCACAAGCCAUCAAGUGAGCUGUCUCUUAGAGUGGGUUCCAGGUCCCACAGUGCCCUGGGGCAGGCCAACAGUGAAAAUAGCUACUGGUUCCCGCUGCCUAGGGAUGGAGUUGGGUCCUACCAGCUUCUGUGGAUACAAAAUGUAACAGUGUUGCUUUUACCUGUAAAACCGAGGACUUCAAGGGAAAGUCACCUUUGUAACCCCUCUGUCUGAAAGGACAGCUUCGCAGUCAAAGCUCAGAGACUGAGGCCUCGAUUUCAUCCCACAGCUGACACCAGUGACAGCAGCAGCAGCUGAGCAACCCUUGGUUCUGGGUGUGCACAGCUGUUUCUCAAGGGAAAACUUUUUGUCAGGUUUUAACACUGGUCUUUGUAUUCCGGUGUAAUUUCAGAAUUCCUCAUGGGACUCAUGACCUAAAAUCAACCCAAAACAUAACUGACCAAGGAUCCGAAUAAAAUAUUCUUUGGAGACUUUCA